GCGGGGCGGGCUGGGCUGACGCGCUGCCCCGGCAGAGCCAGCGCUGCCAUGGCAGCCUUGGGGCCCUGCCAGCUGGACACAGGUCCUGGCAGGCCCUGCUGGGCCCAUCCCCUUCUCCCACCCUCCAGGCGAGGGGGACAGGCUGCUGUGUCUGGAAGCGAGCGGCAGUUCAGGCCCUGCAGCAGCACCUCGACUCUGUGAAGGUUGGCCAGCAGUUGGACCCACGGGAUCAGAGGACAUCGGCAGUGCUUGUGCUUGGAGGGCUGCUCACAGGACCCUGUUCCUGCAGAGGGAUGGCUGCAAAGAAAAAGGAGGUAGAGCUGCAGAUUAACAUCACUAGCCAGGAGCUUUGGGAAGAAAUGCUGUGUCUCAAAGGACUCAUUGUUGUCGAUGCAUUUCAAGCCUGGUGUGGCCCGUGCAAAACAGUAGUGGAUCUCUUCCAAAAAAUCAGGAAUGAAGUUGGCAGUAAUCUCCUGCAUUUUGCUGUGGCUGAAGUUGAUUCCAUUGAUGCUCUGGAAGGAUACAGAGGACAAUGCCAGCCUGUCUUUCUGUUUUAUACUGAGGGAGAAUUAGUGGCUGUUGUAAGAGGAGUGAAUGCACCACUGCUGCAGAAAACCAUCCUGGAACAGCUGGCAGGGGAAAGAAAGGUUUCAGAACAUGGAGGAGAGCAAGUGCUGAUGCGAGACAGAGCCAAGGAGGAGGGAAGCACAGCUGCUCUGCAGGGACAACAGCGGGAAGGCCGAACAGGGACAUUUUUUCUAGGCUUUCCUGGGACACGUUUGCAGCCUGGGGCUUUGCACACCAAACCCCGGGAAUCGCGGCAGAACCCGCCCGGCUCUGGCUGAGGCCGGUGGGUGCCGGGUUGUGCCUCUUUUCUUUGCUCAUCGCUGACUUUGUCCCUUUCCUUCUCUCGGAGACUGACAGAUCCCCCGGGCCCGGGAUCGCGGCUGGCAGCGUGGAAGAGAUGCGGGGUUUGCCGAUAAAUAAAAGGAUUAGUGGGCAGC